AUGUCGCAGGGUGUUGAGUGCGAGUACAAGGAUGCGCAACAGCCCAAGAUCGAUCCCAGUACAAGGCUUCUGCUGGAGCGUAUACAGCUCCUCGAAGACAAACUCUUCUCAUCACCUGUAUUUACAGCGCCACAGGCUGUCGCUGCACCGCAAGUUACUGUGCCAGUGGAGCAUCGUCGAGCGAGCUCUCCGAGUCCGGCGUUCCAGGCCGAGACAAACCCAAGGAUUGAGGAAGAUGCCGCCCGACCUUGGGCGCCUGAUGCGAGAACCUCGGAAAUGUCGUACCCCUCUUCUCACACGGCUAAUGCAAACCAUGUGCUCAACUGGCCUGUAGUGCAGCAGCUCUUGGCUUCUGCCCAUGAGCCUGGAGACACCUUGCUCACUACCCAAUCUAAUCAAGAUGAUCAAUUCCAUGCUGCCACCGACGUUUUCUUCCACUCCAGAUCUGUCCUGCAUAAUGGCUGGUUCGAUCAGCCUGCCGAUUCCUGGAGGCUCUUUAGCGAUGAGUCUCUCGUCAAUCUUUUCGACUUCACCGUGUGCAAGGAGCUCGUCUUGAGCUUCUUCAACGACGUCAACGUGUUUUUCCCAUUGCUGUCGAUCGUCCAAGUUAUGGAUCAUCUUGGACACAUUUUCGAAGCAGAGCAGUCUCGAGGGGAACUGCGGGCUUCAGAUCUUUCGCCAACCCAAUACUGCCUGCUAUUGCUAGUCCUUUGUCUUGGCUCAUUCGUUCGUCGUGGUGGAGCCCAGGUAAGAUGGUCGGGCUACCACAACCAGUUCUCGGCUGCUCCUGAUACGUCUUUAUGCACGCCGGAUCAACAUCUAUGGCGUAAAGCCCAGCUUUUACUCGGCCAUGUUACUACUCAUGUUAGUGUCGAGGCUGCUCAAUGCACUAUGCUGGCAAGAUCUUAUGCUGAUCAUUGCCAAUCUGAACCCUAUUCAGAAGCAUUUCGUCGCCUCUAUUGGGUUGCUCUCAUAUAUGAGUGCGACUUUAUAUCUGAGAUUUCCGUCGCAUUACCCUCAGGCAUCACCCGAUACGAAGACCUGAUACCAUAUCCCACAGAGGCAAUCCCAACAAGCAAAGAAUCUCACCAUACAACACCCGAUUUCGAACAUUAUAGCAGCUGUGGACACCAGGGUGAAGAGUUAGCAGCGUUUCAAGUAAGCACCAAUGCCGCUAUUCGUCGCCUUCUCAACAGGGUCCACAGCAUUGCGUACGAUAGCAAAGACCAUUUCCGUAUGACCCGCGUCGAAUAUGUCAAGUGGCUUCUUCGAGUCUCGGAAGACCUUUGGGCCUAUCACGACACCAUCUUCCGCAAUCUCCCUAUCUUCCUUCUCGUGAGUCAGCCUCCUCUAGAUGGGCGUGCGUUUGUCACAGACCACUCUCCAGGCUCCCCCCGCUCUGGGGGCCUUUGGAAUAAUCCGUGGAACAUCCUGCGACUUCAGGGUCGAUAUUAUGCAGCUCAGCACAUCAUCUUUAGGCCGUUCUUCGACUACCUGCUCUUGAAUAUGGACCAUAUCGAAACUCAUCCGGAUAAGGAUGCCAUCCUUCAAAAGUGCGGUCUAUGCCUCGAAGGCUGUAAGGGAUUCUUUUCUGUUUUUAACGUUGAAGAAGUAAACAGCGUUACUUGUCUGUUCGCAACUGGUAUGGCGUAA